AUAUAUUGGUACCCUGAACUAAUAUUUGUCUUAGGCUGGUCUUAAACUAGAAACAUUUUACAAGUUUCUAAUUAAAGAAAACGUUCUCUCCUCCCAGAACCAGGAUGUGCAGGGGGCUAUAGUAGAUGUAACCGAUGGUGGCAGGGAGGCGAUUGAACUUAAACAGAGUUUUAGAGGAAAUAAUAACUAUUUUUUGUCCUACCUGGUCCGAACUGUACUGGAGAUUCUAAUUGCUAGUGUACUGCUGGUCUGGAUGAGCACUCAGGGAUUGAAUGUUAUUAAGCAUCAAGACACAAUUCUCUGCGACGUGCACGGAUACUGGUUUGAAUGUUCUGGCUCCCCAGCACAGUUUUACCUUUACAUUCUGUACACUACAGUUGGUAUAACAGGACUCUACCUUGUACUAAACAUGUAUAAUCUACUCUGGUUAACAGUUCCAUGCCUGGGCCGGUUAUCCAGACUUAUGAGAACAUACAAGAGAUACAUGAAGGAGAAUGCUUCGGCUGGAGAAACUGAUGAAGAGAUUCUUGGUGAGUUGUAUGAAAUUUACUAUACUAACCGUGACCUGCGACUGUUGUUGGAUUUGCUGUCCACCAGUAGCGGUGUAGCACCAGCAAUAGCAAUCAUGACUCUCUUCGACAAGAAGUUUGGUGCUGCAAUGAGACCAACAAUUCUCCAGAUUUCUGUCAUUAAGGAUCUCGGGUUGGCCAGGGUAGAAUUCCAGGAACCUAAGACUGGGGUUCGAGCUGCCUUAUCCCGACUUCCCGGUGUCAAUCUUAUGUAUGUGGCGGAGAUUUGUCCGCCGGCAGAUACAGCAGUGGUAGGGUUCGAUCUCAAGGAGGCUGCUGCGGUUAUUGGAGAGAGCGGAGAUGGGGUUGCGAAGGAGACCCUUGAGAUGAAGAAGUUGACAGGAUGCGUUCAAGCAGCAGUAUUCACCGGGCUAAAGCUUAACAUCAACUAUACUAUUAAGGUGAGCACGGUUGUGAACGGGAGAACGAUCAGCCAGGUGGUUGAGGAGGUGAAGGGGUGCCAGGAGGAGAACAAGGAUAACGAGGAUACAAAAAGCACCAGGAGUGAAGGAGGAGCAGAGUAGAUACAACGACACUUAGGAAACCGUCUAGUGGUUGAUGUAGUUUGGAUUGAUAUUUGAUAUGCUCUAUUGACAACAGUACCACUUAAGGAAGAAUUCUUUUUAUUUCCUAAUUCACCUAGGUGGCAAAAUUCUGCACGUCAAGAAACUGCAGUUAAAAACAUAAAAUUUAGAGAAAAUAACAUGGAUUUCACCUUUU